CACACACACACACACACACACACACACACACACACACACACACACACACACACACACACACACAAGCGAGGCUAAUUCUAGUUACUAACCUCCAUUCCAACUGAUCGCCAUGCUCUCAGUGUGUAGUUUGAAGUCAGCCUUGAAGGGACAUCAAUCAAAUGUCUGCUGGAUAGUCUCAGUGCUCCUGUGCGGUGCGGUUGCUGUGGGCUGUGAUGAAGUGAGGCGACGCGAGGGCCGUGCGGUGGGGGGCUCUGGGCUUCCCGAGAGCCCGGUGGACUGCACUCUGGCUGAGUGGUCCACGUGGAGCCGCUGUGACCCCUGCCACAGGAAGAGGUAUCGGCAUGCCAAGCUUCUCCAGCCAUCCCAGUUUGGCGGAGAGCCCUGUAAUGUCGUGGGUCGGGAUGAGGAGUCGUGCGUCCCUCCAGCCCGCUUCAAGUGUGCCAGCGGCCCCCGAUGCGAGGGGUUUGUGUGCGCCAUCACAGGUCGGUGUGUGCUGGAGGGCCUGCGCUGCAAUGGGGAUGAUGACUGUGGGGAUGGCUCGGAUGAAAAAGGCUGCAAGAAGGUGUUCCGGGCCUGCCGUGAGGAGACUGAGGAAUACUGGGGCAUUGAAAACCUUGCUAAAGGACUCAAUGUCCUCAACAGCAAUUUGGAAGGCCUGGUGCUUGACAACCGUUACUAUGCUGGAGGAUGUGUGCCCCAUUUCAUACAGGAUGUGCGCUUUAGGAAGCCGUAUAACCUACAGCAAUACACCAUGCAGACGAAAGGCUCAUAUGACUUCAACAUGGAGUCUUACGAGUCGUACUCAGAUUAUAUGAAGAACACCUCUGUCGGAAGUUUCUCCCACACCCAGGUGUCGUUUAGCUUUAAGAUCCCCACAGUGUUCGAGAUUGGCUUCAACUACGAUGAGGCUAAGUACAAAAAUACGGUGAAGAAGAUUCGUCGCCUCUCAUCCACGUCAAAAAGUUUCCUGCGCGCACACUCCCAGGUUGAGCUGGCCCGCUAUGCCCUCAAGGCAGACGACCUGAUGCUGCACCCAGACUUUGCAGCGCGACUUAGGGCGCUGCCACUGGAGUACACCUACGGGGAGUACCGUCAGAUCUACAGUGACUUCGGGACGCACUACAUCACAGAGGCAACACUUGGUGGAGAGUACGAGUUGACGAUUGUCAUGGACAAGCAGAAGCUGCAGACCUCAGACUACUCACUUGAGGAUGCAAAGCGCUGUGUGGAGGCUGGAUUUAAAAUCGGAGGCAAUAUCAAGGGGGUGUACGUCACUCUCGGACUCUCAGGAGGUUCCUGCAAAGGCUUGCUGGAUGAAAUAGGAACGGACAAAGGCAAGGACUCUUUUGUGGAGGACGUUCUGGUGGUGGUGAAAGGAGGGGACAGUGAGUCCAUUGCCCAGUUGUCCACUAAGAAACUCCCCACUGCAGAGAUGAUGCAACUGUGGGGAGAUGCCGUUCACUACAACCCCGACUUCAUCCAGACUAAGAUCUUGCCACUGUAUGAGCUGGUGAGCUCUAGGGAUUUUGCCAAUAGCCAGGCCCUGAAGAAGAACCUGCGUAGGGCUCUGGCCGAGUUCCUGGAGGAGACCAGCUCCUGCCGCUGUGCCCCCUGCAAGAACAACGGCAUAGCUGUUCUGAAAGGCACAAGAUGUGAGUGUGUGUGUCCCUCAGGAGUGAGUGGAGUCAGCUGUGAAAUCACUCAAAGAUCAAACAUGGGGGUUGAUGGGAACUGGAGCUGCUGGUCAGGCUGGUCGUCGUGCAGUGGUCGGAGUCAGCGGAGGACACGCCAGUGCAACAACCCAGCCCCUGCCAACGGAGGAGUGCCCUGCCAAGGAAGUCAGGAGGACACCGCAGACUGCAUUUGACAGCUGACAAACAUUCAUAAAGUUGCUAUGAACUUUUGUUUUAAUUGAGUUGUUGUUGCUGUACGGUAAAGAUGUUUUUUAAGAACACAUUAUGUGUGUGUUGUAAGAAUGAGUAUUGAUUUUACUGUUUUUGACUGAUCUAUCCAACAUAUUUGAGAAAAUAAAAGAAUAUAUUGACAAGG